AUGACAGAAGGAGCCGCAUGGGAUGCCGUUUGCGCAUGGCUACGUCAAGUGCAUCCAGACGAGCACAGUCAAGACUCCAGCGUGCUAUUUGCGCGGUACUUUUCCGAAAUGCCCAGUCCGAUCGCGCGCAUUGUCGGCAUGCUGCGUUCCCCAGAAGAGCGCGGCUUGCACCCCUGUGUGCGAGACCGACGGCGGUUGUAUGCGACGCUAGAAAAGCCAGAAGCGCUUUCUACAGCAUACCAACGUCGAAAUAAACCCAGGCUGUGGCUACGUAUUGUGGGAACGGGGCAGGACGAGGAGAUGGACGAUGCGGAGGAGGAGAAGGAGGACAUUUUGCGGCAAGAGGCCGAGGCAGACAAGAAGGAUACACUGCGGCAAGAGGCUCAAGAGGACAAGCGACGAGCGAUUCCGGACAAGGCGCCUGUGCUACGCGAGGAAGCGAGUGGUCCUCUUUCUACCAACGGCACAUUCGCGACCCUGCAUCGCAAGUACCUCGAAGAGAUCGACGACGACGAGAUUGAUGCUGGAGACGGGCCUGACGUUGCGAUUUUGCGUGGCGAAUUCGAUAGGGAAAUUCUCGAUCGUUUCGUGCACGGCACGCUGCGUGUGCCGCUGUACGAUUGCGACUUUGACGAACAAUACGAUAAUGUGUAUGGACGCGAUAUGCAGUUCCGCGAGCAAAUGCGGGAAGAGACAUACUUUGACGACAGGUGA